AUGCGUCCCCUCACAGAAAAAGAGACCGAGACCCUCUUCAACAAGCUGGCCAGCUACAUGGGCAGCUCGCUGAAGAACCUCAUCGCCCCGCUCGACAACGGUCCCGAGCCCGAUCGUUACGUCUUCCGCAUGAUCAAGGAUCGUGUCUACUAUGUGCGCCUCUCUGUCGCCAAUCUUGCGACCAGCAUCGCCCGCGAUAAGCUUCUCAGCAUCGGUAUCUGCCUCGGAAAGUUCACAAAGACUGGCAAGUUCCGCCUGCACGUAACCGCUCUUCCCGUCCUCAGCGAGCACGCAAGAUACAAGAUUUGGGUCAAGCCCAACGGAGAAAUGCCCUUCCUGUACGGUGGCAACAUCGUAAAGGCCCACGUCGGCCGCUGGUCCGACGACUGCCCCGAGCACCAGGGCGUCAUCGUCUACGCCAUGGACGACAAGCCCCUCGGCUUCGGCGUCACCGCCCGCUCCACGGCCGAGGCGCGCCGUCUCGAUCCCACCGGUGUCGUCUGCUUCAGGCAGUCCGACGCCGGCGAGUACCUUCGUGACGAAGAUACCCUCUUUGCGACGAACAGUUAG